AUGAAUUUCAACAACACUUUGUUCAUCCGCCAUGCAAAUAGUGGUGGUGACACUAGUGCCACUUUAAGCAGUACUGUUACUUCUAUGACAAAGAGUGCCAGUGCUAAACCGUCUCCAAAUCCAACCUAUGCUGCAAAAUCCAAACAUUUGAGAACUUUGAACAAACAGAGAGGUGUAUGGUGGGGGUCAGGUCUUAUGGGAUUUUGGGCCCUGCUGGUGCUAAUAAGCUCUAUUGAACAUUGGAGUUCCAGAUUUUUCCCUAAUGCCUCUAUGCGUUGCAAGAAAGCGAUGAUCAGAAAUCCAAUUGCACGUCUAUGGAGAAAACAUAUUACCAUGCCCGCGCUUUUCAAUCAAAAGCAUACUACCAGGGUUAUGUUUGGUGGUGUUAUUCCAACGAGAUUUGAAUCGCUUGUAUUGUUUGCUUAUUUUGUUUUGAUUGUCAUUGGUGAAUCUGUCAACUAUAGUUAUUAUAAGAAUAACACAUAUUGGAAGGAAAGAAAACAGCAAAUUUCAAGAUACGUGGGUGAUCGCUCUGCAAAAAUUACUAUAUUUAUGAUUGAUGCUCUUUAUUUAUUUGCAGGUCGUAAUAAUUUCUUGAUAUGGUUAACAGGUUGGAAAAUAUCGACUUUUUAUGCGUUUCACAAAUGGACUGGUCGUAUGGCAAUAGUAUCCUCGUUGGUUCAUACAAUUACUAUGCUAAUCAAUUCUUAUUGGAUUAAAAAAAUUCAUACAAGAAAAUAUACUGCUUGGUGGAGAUGGGGAUCAGUUGCCAUGGUUUGUGGUGGUAUUAUGUUGAUACAAUCAUUACCCAUGAUUAGAAACAGAUUUUACAGUAUUUUCUUGUAUGGUCACAUUGUGCUUGCUGUUUUCUUUUUAAUUGGUAUUUGGAUUCAUAUCAAGCCUUUUGGGGAUGGUCCACAUGCUUAUGCUAUAACGGCAGUUUGGUGUUUUGACAGAAUUAUGAGGAUUCUAAAAAUUUCACAGUUUGGAUUAAGAUUAGCUCACAUUAAAUUGGUUGAUGAUGAUACCUUGGUGAUGACUAUACCUUCUACAGUUAGUAUAAAGAAACCAACACCAGGAUCAUUUGCUUAUGUUUAUUUCUUGGAAGGUUGGAAUUUUUUCCAGUCAAAUCCAUUUACUGUGAUCUGUGAAGAUAAUGGUGAUACUAAAUUCUUGAUUAGAGUUAAGAAUGGUAUUACCAAACAAAUGUACAGGCGUAUUUUAAAACAUCCUGAACAAGAGAUUACCACUAGAGUUGCCAUUGAAGGUUAUUACGGUGAAUAUAAAACCGCUUACGCAUAUGAUGAAGUUAUCAUGGUUGGUGGUGGUAAUGGUGUUGUUGGUCUCUACGAAUACAUUAAAGAAAUUGCUAACAAGAAAAAAGCUGGUAAGUCUAAUGUGAAAUUUAUAAAACUCUAUUGGACCAUUAAGAUUUCGGAUAAUAUCGAAUGGUUGGCAACUGAACUAAUGAGACUUCAGGAAUAUGAUUUUGUGAAACCAAUUGUCUACAUGACAAGAUCCCAACCUCGUAAUAAAAGUGAUCGCUUAGGAUUUGACGUUGAUGGAGGUAAUAGAACAUCUUCAUCAGAUGGAUCUCAAAGAGAAGUAGAAAUUGAAGAAACUGGAGUAGGAGGCACCGAAGAUGGUUCGAAGGCCGAAGAGAAAAUUAAGGAAAAUAUUGUUAGUACUACUAAUAUGGAUGAAAUAGAAUCAGAAUUUUCUCACGUGGAAUUUAGAAGGUCAAGACCUCAUAUUCCACAACUUCUUCAUGAUGAUAUUCAAGAAUGUGAUCCAAGUGAUAACAUAUGUGUGAUGUCUUGUGCUCACAAUGCAAUGUGUGAUGAUGUAAGAAAAACCGUUUCUUUUGAAGUUGGUGAACCUAGAUCAGGAAGAAUUGAUCUUGUUGAAUUGCUACAGACUUGGUAA